AAAGUUUAGUCUUUGUAACUGGAAGCCAUUGCAUUGAAUUGUGGGUGUGAUAAGUCUGCACAUGACAGCUUAUCUUCAUGUGGAAAUAGCGUUGCUUUCACACUUGCAUAUUUGUUUUUUUAACUUUUCACGGGCUUUUGCGUUUCCUAAUUCAUCAUCUGCUUCACUUUUGAGAACUUCAACUUGUUCCUCAUCUUGGGUUUUUCAGUUGAUCCUUCUCUAGCUGCUUUGCUUCUGUGUUCUUCAGCUCUUUCUUCAUGGGUUGCUGCUUUAGUGCCAAGAUCAAAGCCGAGAGCCCUCCACGCAAUGGUUUGAGUUCAAAGGAUGGUAGCAAAGAAGAGGAUGGCUUGAGUGGUUUAAGCAGCAAGGUCUCCACUCCCUCUGUGCCUCAAACUCCUCGGACAGAGGGUGAGAUCUUGAAAUCCUCCAAUAUGAAGAGCUUCACCUUCAGUGAGCUUAGAACUGCUACAAGGAACUUUCGUCCAGAUAGUGUGGUGGGUGAAGGUGGGUUUGGUUGUGUAUUUAAGGGAUGGAUUGAUGAACAAUCACUUGUACCAGUUAGACCAGGGACUGGAAUGAUCAUUGCUGUUAAGAGGCUUAACCAAGAAGGUUUGCAGGGACACAGUGAAUGGUUGACAGAAAUCAAUUACCUGGGGCAACUGCAUCAUCCUAAUCUCGUGAAGUUGAUCGGUUUUUGCUUAGAGGAUGACCAUAGGCUUUUGGUAUAUGAGUUUCUGCCCAAGGGGAGUUUGGAUAAUCAUUUAUUUAGGAGAGCUUCUCACUUUCAACCGCUUUCUUGGAACAUCCGUAUGAAGGUUGCUCUUGAUGCUGCUAAGGGUCUUGCAUUUCUUCACAGUGAUGAAGCAAAAGUGAUAUAUCGAGACUUCAAAACUUCAAAUAUAUUGCUUGAUUCGAACUAUACUGCAAAACUUUCGGAUUUUGGCUUGGCAAAGGAUGGACCGGUUGGUGAUAAGAGUCAUGUCUCUACAAGGGUAAUGGGCACUUAUGGAUAUGCUGCUCCUGAAUAUAUGGCCACAGGACACUUGACAAAAAAGAGUGAUGUAUACAGCUUUGGAGUUGUUCUCCUUGAAAUUAUGUCUGGUAAACGUGCAUUGGACAGCAAUAGGCCAUCUGGGGAGCACAAUUUGAUUGAAUGGGCCAAACCUUACCUCAACAGCAAAAGGAGGAUCUUCCAAGUUAUGGAUGCUCGAAUUGAAGGCCAAUACACAUUGCGUCAAGCAAUGAAAGUAGCUAACCUUGCAAUUCAAUGUCUCUCUGUGGAACCUAGAUUUAGACCAAAAAUGGAUGAGGUGGUAAGAGUAUUGGAGGAGCUUCUGGAUUCUGAUGACACAGUUGCUGCAGGAAUGGGAACCUCUCGAGAUCAAACAGCCAAAAGGAAUGGUCAUAGCUCAAGGACCAAUGUCCCUAAACGACAUAGAAGUAAACAUGAAACAUCGUACCAGUAAAAAUGAAAUCUAGUUGUUGCCAAUCUGCUUCUGCUCUUGAGUUGGUAUAUUGUAUAUCUUCUUGAACUUAAGCAUGUCUUAUGAUAUCUGAUUGCUGUACAGAUUUUGAGUCAGUAAUAUUAUUGAUUUCU